AGCCUACCGAUCCCAAUACAACCGCCUCAGCUUUUCCUGUCUGGUUUCUUUCACCCUCCCCGGACACCGUUUGGCGUCUGCCUGAGGUGGAGUCUCUACCAUCGAGCACCAGCGUGAACUCCAAUCCAACUCGCCAUUACCAUCAGAUAUGGCUGGCACAUCAACCACCGACUACAAGAACAAUCAAUACUACCUCAAUCCAAACCAACAAGACCUCCUCCUAGCCGCCCUGGCCUCAAACCAGAACGGCAAGAACAACAACAUGUACUCCAACGGUCCCAACAAGCAGGGUGCGGCCAAUGCCGGCCUGCAAUAUUCUAGCAUCGACAGCAUCGACCCAACCUUCUUCGCAUCUCCUCAGCAGGGUACUCCCGACACCUUCGGUGCCAACCUCAAUUUCGACAACCUCGACGACAGUCCAUUUGUCGACUACCUCGAUGGCGACAACAGCUUCGAUUAUGACAAUGGCGACAACAGCGAUUUGAUGAUUGGCGGUCUGCCAGGUGACUCGUCGAGCCAUUCGAACGAGGGGGACAACGAAAGCACCGAUAAGCGAAAGAGCCCGGAUGACGACGGUGAUGAUCAAGAAGGCGGAGGAAAGCGACGAGAAGGUGAAGAUAAGACGGCAAAGAAGCCCGGUAGGAAGCCAUUGACAUCCGAACCUACGACUAAACGCAAGGCACAGAACCGCGCAGCCCAAAGGGCGUUCAGAGAGCGAAAAGAGAAGCAUUUGAAAGACCUUGAGACUAAGGUCGGCGAACUGGAAAAGGCAUCUGACGCUGCGAAUCACGAGAACGGCAUGCUUCGCGCUCAAGUCCAGAGGCUCCAAACCGAGCUGCGUGAAUAUCGCAAGCGUCUGUCUCUCAACAGCUCUGGUCUAGGUCGCGCUCCUGCGGUCACGAGUGGAUUUGCAUCACUUAACACUGGAAAUGGCACCCCUGCGAACAACUUCCAGUUUGAGUUCCCAAGAUUUGGUGGUCUGCCAGGCGCCCACCUUCUUGACAACGGCGGUCUCGCCAAAGGAAAUAAGCCAUCCACAAUUACUACUUCACCUGUUCGAACGAAUAGCAACGGUGCUAGCCUAAGUCCCAAGAGUCAACUCAGUGGGGUUGCUUCCAAUUCGCCGACGACCAACUCCAAGGGAAGUCCUCCUAAUGGCUUUCCUAAUAGCAAUGCUUCGAGCAGCAGCAAUAUCAAUGGACUUUUCAGUCCCAUGGUCAACGGAAUUAACUCCAGUUCUGUUUUCGACUACAACAAUAACAACAAUGCUCCCAACCAUGGCAGCCGUCGCAGCACUGACAGCUCGGCUCAGUCGCGCGUGUUCCAAUUCAAUAGCGGAUCAUCUACCUCAGACUCUCCAUCUGCUUCGUCCGUCUCUCAAUACGGCAUGGGAUCCUCAUGCGACACAUCUCCGGAGCCAAGUCACAACUCGCCGAGCAAUGGUCUGGACACUAUCAAUGAAGGAGGAUGCGGUUCUGGAAAUCCCGAAGGUGAGGUCACCUUCUGUGAUAAGCUGAAUAUGGCCUGCGGCAAUUCUCGCAAUCCAAUUCCUCGUGCGAUGUCUCAAUCUAACGCCACCCCAGCUGCUGCAGCUGCAAACCAAUCGCCUGCGACCGACUUCAACGGCAUUGAUUUCCUCGCCAACCAGAACGGUGGACAGUUCGACCCAACUUUGUUUGGUGACUACCGCGAGUCGCAGGCCGCUAUUGUUGGCGACGGUGACUUCACCGGCGGGUUCUUCAAUGACGCAUUCCCACUGGCUGAUUUCGGAAGCCCGUUCAACUUUGGUGACAACAACACGCCAGCCGUUCAAAAGUCAAAUCCUUUGGAGGAGAUUGAGCGCAUACAAGACGGUAUUGAUGACGAAGUCGUUCCCGGAGAAGAUCCUGCUCAGUUGCUCAACUGUCAUAAGAUAUGGGACAAACUCGCCAAGAGGCCCGACUUCAGAGACGGCACGAUCGACAUCGACAACCUAUGUUCAGAACUGCGCUCCAAGGCCAGGUGUUCUGAAAGCGGCGUCGUCGUCGACAACAAGGACGUCGAGGCAGCCCUCAAGCGUCUCCCGGAAGGCCAACGCCGCUCGAGUAAUUGAUUUUGCUUCGCGUCACGACUCUCACGACCAGCACGGCGGCAGUCACGGCGUAUAUCCUGGUUCUGGAUCCUGUAAACAAGAAAACUACAUUGGUGGCCGGUACCUCGGGCUUUUUUUCAUUUUGCUUC